GGGGGUGUGGGUUUAUACAAAUUUUUUAACCUCCGAAGCAAAAACUCGGGUUUUUCUUUUGGCUGACACUGGCAAUCUUAAGUUCCUUAUUUUUUGUCCUAUAUCCCUUAUCUUUUAAUCUCUUAUCCUCACACAUAUUCCACUACUAACAUGCAUCCUCCUCAAUUUCAUUUAAUAUACAAACGUCUCAACGGUUAUACUCUCACGAACAUGAUAAACCUUUUAAUGAAAUUAUUAAGCUAGAAAUAUUUUUAUGAAUAGAUGAAUAGAUUUUGCAUCAAUUUUUAAUUUUUUUACAAUCCAGGUUUUAAUAUUGCUCAUAGAAAAGUGUUCUCCCAACACAGAAAUUGGCCACAUUAUGUCUGACCAACUCCAAAAUUUAAUUUCAACAUUAAUUCCAAACCCCGACCCUUCAAUAACUUCACAUAAACACCUUUUAUUAUCUCCUUGUUUUUUAAAAAGUCAAAAUUUUGGCCAAUUAAAAAUUUGUAGAAAAAAAUUAGGCAAAAUUAUUUAUCAAUUUUGGUUAAAACAAAAGGAAAAUGAUUCCCAAAAUAGUUCUAUUCUGCUUAAUUUUCCAAUUUCUGUACGUCCAAUGGAUGAAGAACAAUGGCGUGGAGCUAGUAAAUUAUUGAAAAAAUUUCUUUUUGUUAAUUCUGAUUUUGGAGGGGAUGAGGAAAUAAAUGAAGAAGAAGAAUUUAAUGAAAAUUAUUGUGAGAAAUAA